CUAACUUCGUGUUCAUAACAUACGGCUACCCAAUUUUCGGUAUUGGUUUAGGUGACGUGUUGUCACACAACUCGAAAUGAAUUUCCCAAUUUUCUGUGUUUUUACCCUAGCUUUGUCUCUGGCAAAUGCGCAACUCAACACCCUAGUCUUAUUGGAUAACCAAGUGAUCAAGGAGACGCAUUCCAGUUUCUUCAAAGGCUUGCAAGAAAGAGGAUACACUCUCACCUUCAAGAUUGCCGACGAUUCCAGCUUGGUGCUGGCUAAAUAUGGGGAAUACCUGUACGACAACAUCAUCAUCUUCGCCCCAUCCGUGGAGGAAUUCGGAGGUAGCUUGAACACAGACACCAUCACCCAGUUCAUAGAUGAAGGAGGCAACGUUUUGAUCGCCGGCAGCAGCGCAACCGGCGAUGUUCUCAGGGAGCUGGCCUCCGAAUCCGGAUUCGAAGUCGACGAAGAAGGAGCAUUCGUUAUUGAUCAUUUCAACUAUGAUGUCAGUGAUGAAGGACAACACACCAAAAUAGUUGCCUCACCUGAGCACUUAAUUGAUGCUGAAAUCAUUGUUGGCGAUAAGAAGAACAUUAAACCAAUGCUUUAUCAAGGAACUGGUAUUUUGGCUGAUCCUGAAAAUCCUUUAGUCUUGCCACUCCUGACUGCAGAUAGCACUGCUUACAGUUAUAAUCCAGACCAACCCAUCAAAGAGUACCCACAUGUUGUUGGUAAAAAUACUGUUUUGAUUGCCGGUCUUCAGGCUAGGAAUAAUGCCAGGGUUGUGCUCUGUGGUUCUUUGUCUUUCUUCUCUGAUGAGUUCUUUGGAUCUUCUGUGCAAGUUGCUCAGGGUGGAAAAGUAUAUGACAGGUCUGGUAAUGCUCCAGUUGCCUUUGCCAUCACACAAUGGGCUUUCAAGCAGAGGGGACAAUUGAGAGUGAGAUCUGUUAAGCAUCACAUUCAGGGAGAGAAUGAGGCUCCACAUGCUUAUACCAUUAUGGAUGAUGCUGUGUACACAAUUGAGAUUGACAUCUACGAAGGUAUGCAGUGGAGGCCCUUCAAAGCCAACGACAUCCAAUUGGAGUUCGUGAGGAUCGAUCCGUUCAUCCGCACCACCCUGAUCAGCAAACCAAACGGCGUCUACGAGGCCAAAUUCAAGAUCCCAGACGUAUACGGCGUCUACCAAUUCAAGGUCGACUACGACAGGAUCGGAUACACCAGGCUCUACAGCACAACACAAGUGUCCGUGCGACCACUGCAGCACACCCAAUACGAGAGGUUCAUCCCCAGUGCGUACCCAUAUUACGUGAGCGCCUUCUCCAUGAUGGCAGGUCUCCUGGUGUUCUCCAUCGUCUUCACGCAUUGCCGAGAGGAGGAAGGCAAGAGCAAGAAAGAAUAAAGAAUUUCUAAAACGUUCUU